AUGGCCUCAGGCGCACCGCAGGCCAGUCCCGACGCUAAUAGCGUGCCCACCGGCAUCGAUCCAGGGCCUCCAAUUGUUCCCAUCAAGAAGCCGUCGUUGGCGAAUUUACCAUUUAUCAGAAACUUCAGUGACCCGCUAAAGAAGUUACCUAACGAUGGACAGCAAGGACAGCCGAAGCGUCGUGGUCCUAAGCCAGAUAGCAAGCCAGCCCAGACUAGAAGACAGGAAUUGAACAGACAAGCACAAAGGACACACCGCGAGCGCAAGGAACAGUAUAUCCGGGCCCUAGAGGUGGAAAUAACCCGCCUGAGAGAGGGUUAUGCCACUGAUAUCGAAGGCGCAAACGUGUCCAUCAUGCAGCAGAAACAAGCUCUAGAGGAGCUGAGAGACGAGAAUCGAAUGCUAAAGGAGAUCCUUGCAUCUCACGGAAUCAACUUCGAGGCUGAAUUGGAGAAACGCGGCGCUCCCGUCCAGAGUACCCCGCAGGAGAGUAGCUAUGGAGGCAGCGUCGCACCUUCACUCUCUCAAACAGCCCCUGAUAUAGGCAACAUGAACUACCUAGGUACUCCAGAGGCCUCCAUCUCCGGUCGAAGCCCUGGAACCACUACAUCGGAAAUGGCGCAGCUGCCGGCCGUUGGGUCCAAUAACCCAUACUUUGAAUCGGCAAUUCCUGUGCCCGCUACGGGUAAUGCUUUAUCAUCUAGUGACAUUGGUGGCGGAUCUGCCUUGUCUUGA